AUGCAGGAGCAAAUCGGCCAACAGAUGGUUCUGUGUCCUGUACGUUUCGUGUAUGAAACCCAGAUGUUGAUGCAGCCAGGUGAACAAAUACAGCAGCCGCAAACUAUUCUCAUCAAUCCCCAAAACCCACCGCCAUGGAUACAGAACAGACCUGUUCAAAACCGAGUGAUAUACGUACAGCAAGUGCCAGGUGGUUAUAUACCAUCACAACAACAACAUAUAGAUCAAAAUCAAUUGUACAUACAGAACUACGGCUAUCAGAACGUACCCCAAGUCUUACUACAGAAUCAAGAUCAAAGAAUGCAGAUGAUAGCACCAAACAUCAUGACGAACGUACAACCGAACAUACAACAAAACAUCGGACCGGUCCAAAAUCAAAACGUCCAAAGAAUCAUAUCAAAUGUACCGAUGCAGAACCAAAUCAAUAUAAAUCAACAAGUCAAUCAACAGAUGCCCAUCAAUAGACAGAUAAUAUCCAACCAAAUGGUUAAUAUGAAUGAAGUCGUCAAUAAUGUUGAGCAACAGGAAAUUCCAGCGACAAAUAUAUACAGACAGACGCCGCAAAUAAUCCAAGACCCUAGAUUUUCUUCACAGACCAUAAUGAUGCCCAAUAACAUGCAAAAUGGUCCAAGAUUCGAAACAAAUACAAAUGUCUGCCAAAUAAGACCUACACAGCCAAUGACACAAGCAAUACCUCCCUACCCGCGACCAAACACAAUACCUGAACCACGAAAAUUAGUCAAUAAAGCAACUAACUUCAACACAAUGACCACUAAUAUUAGAACUCCGACUCAAAUGCUACGACCUAUACAACCGAGGCCAAAUCAAAUCAGACCGAACACUAAUUUCCUACCAAUACAACCAGCUAACUCACAAAACAACAAUAACAAUAGAAAAAUAAUGCCAAAUUUAAUACCAGCGACUAACAUGAGUGACAGCACCAAAAACGUAACAUACAACAGGAAACGGAAAAGCGAAUCACCGGAUGAAAUACACAAGAAAAUACCUAUAAAUAACACAAAUGAUAUGGUAGUUAUCAAACAAGUUGAUAAUAUAGCUAAGAUGUCUGAUGUCGGAGUAAAUACAAGUCCGAUACACAAAGCUGAUGGCAGAAUCAUAAUAAACAACAUGCAAAUAACGCCCAUAAAUAACAAUCAGAAUAAUAAAAUUAAAGAGGAAACAAUAAAAAAUGUACGAAACACAACCACGUUGGAACCACAAAACGUAGUAAGAAACGUAUCCAUACAGGCAACACCUUCAAAAUCAUUCUCUAGUCUUGUUGAAAAAGAGAAAUUGAUAAGAAAUACUGUUUACACACAAGCUAGAGGCAGAGUAUUGAACGAUAAAGCUAUCAGUGAUGUCACGAAACAAGAAAAUAAUAUAGAUACAAAUAAAAUGGAAAUAACAUAUAGUAACGAAAACAAAACGGCUGAAUCGAAAUCACUACCGAUACUAACUGACAUCAAACAUAAUGUCAAUGAAAAUAAGACGGCUGAACCAAAACAAACCCAACCAGAAGUUGUAAACGAAGUGAAAACAAUGAAAAUAGAAAUAAAAUAUGUUGUUGAACAAACUGAACCAAUACCACAAACAAACAAAAAAGAUGUCAAAACCAGCCAUAUAGAAAAUAAAACGGCUGAAUCUAAAACACAACCGAAAAUAAUGAAAGAAAUUAAACAGGAAAAAAAUAUUGAACCGAUGGACGUUUCGCCUGUUAAGAAAGAAGAUGGGAAAGUGAAAAAUGUGAAAAUAAAACAGGAAAUUAAACCGAAAGAGGAGAAAAUAGAGAAGUGUGACGUCACAACGAAACCGGAAGUAAAAGUUAAAGAGGAUAGAGAUUUUAUACUGACACACGUCCUCGGCGGGUUUGUGAUACAGGAGUCAAAUGUAGCGUUUCCGAUAAGAAAACCGUUGAAAGAAAAGACGUUGGAAAUUAACGAAGUGAAGCAACAAGAUAAAGAUAAAGAUAAAGAUACAAAGGAAAUAAAGAAUACGAGCAAAAUACUGGACAUAUCACACUUGAAUAUAGACGAGUGUGAAAAUAUGAAGGGGAACGACGGAGAAAGCCGCCUGAAAGAAAAUCCAUUUUCUUCAUUGAAACUGGGGACCGUUAAAAAAUGGACGGCUGAAGAGCUCUCAACUCACCUCAGCAAGUAUUCAUGGAACGAGACCGUGUCGGUAUUACAAGAACAUGAAAUAGAUGGAGAAUCAUUAUCAUUAGUAUCGAAAUUACAAUUAAUAAGUAUAGGAGUUAGUGAGAACCACGCUGAUAUUAUAGCUGAUUUUAUUAAGAAGUAA